AGACUUUGGCCCAUUCUCUUGAACGACGCGCCUUCAACACUAGCAAGUGGUGCCUUGAAUCGCCACGCGCGGGGCUUCCUCACAAGUCUCAAGGUCAGAAGCCAUUAGGCAAUGUUGAUGGCGCGUGAACCCAAUGCAGUUCCAGGAUGGUAGCCCCUCGGUGUCGCCCGGGUGGAACACUUUUGGGCCAGUGGCACCGGUGUUGCCGGCACCAACGCGCUCCCCGAGUGCGCUUCGUCCAACGAGCUCAUCCGUCGAUGCCUCGUUUUUCUCCGGAUGGGUGUUCUGGUGCCUUGCUGCCCUUGCGGCCCUAGCUUCCUACUUGCUGAUCUAUGGGUGUCUCCGCUGGAGGCUGCAGGCCAUCGCUCUUCGGGUGGAGGCGGAGAGCCCUGAAAGGAGGUUGGUGGAUCGCUGGCUUUGGUGUUGGCCCAACUUGUAUGAGGGGCAGGCGUGCUGCUUGUACAACGUUCUCUUCAGUCCCAUCCUUUUGACCAUCCAUGCUACGAGGAUAUAUUUGCCAAGCUGUUUGAAAGCCUACGUUUGGCGGCUUUACUGGGUGUGUUGCGGCUGCUGCUCCAAGCUCUUCACAGAUGAGGAGUUUCCGCCUUCGGCAGCCUCCCUUGGUACGGUGGGUGGUGACAGCGCGAAUGCCACUUCGGGGAAAGACAAUUCCAAUGUCGUUUGGGUGCGAGCUAUGGACUUUAGCAGGCAGGAUUCUGCCAAGCCAACCCAUCCUACGCUUGGGGACUCUCACAUGUGCUUGUUCGAGGGCAGCAUUGAGGCCCAGGACAUUUUGCAAGGUGCGCUUGGAGACUGUUGGCUACUAGCCGCCAUGGCCACCCUGGCAGAGCAUGAGGGGGCCAUCAACUCGCUUUUCGCGGAGACCUGUGUGCAGCCGAACGGCAAGUAUCACGUGAAGCUCUUCGAUCCUCAGUUGAAGCAAUGGACGGUGAUUUGCAUCGAUGACUUCGUCCCCUGUGUGGCGGACCCACGGGAUCCAGAAAAAGCCGCGAUGGAGGAUGGAAUGCCCAAGGCUCUUUAUGCUCAUCCGCAUGGACGAGAAAUCUGGGUCAUGCUUUUGGAGAAGGCUUUCGCAAAGCUAUGCGGUAGCUAUGCAGCAACAGAGGCAGGCAUCACAGAGUGGGCCAUUUCUGCUAUGACGGGCGGCAAUGCGUGGCGCUAUGAGCGGACGGAGUCGACUUGGGAAAGGAUGGAUUUGGUGACACAGAUCUCCAAGGACAAACGGGCGUGUGCUUUCAAGCCCUCGGAUGAAAAACAUGAGGAUGAGGAUUUUUUCCAGCUUCUUCGACAUUAUCACCGACAGGGCGCCGUUCUAUGUUGUGGAGGCGUGCAAGCUGCCGGACAAAAGCAAGGUCUUGUGCCGAAACAUGCAUUUUCCCUGCUUCAGGUUCGAGCGGUUCCGGUGAACUGGCAUUCCAACGAGUACUUCCGCAUGGUGCAAAUUCGAAAUCCUUGGGGUACUGGAGAAUGGAAGGGGUCUUGGUGUGAUGGAUCACCACUAUGGAUGAAAUACCCGCAUGUGCAAAGUGCGUUGGAUUUCUCCAGCAGAGAUGAUGGGACUUACUGGAUGCAAUGGGAGGAUUUUUGCAAGUUCUGGGGCUAUGUGGGUUGCGUUGACAUCGGCACCAGCAUUUUCUCUUUGAGGCCGCCGCUCAUGUCGGAUGCAGAUCCGGCCAGCCCAUUCAAGGCCUGCGCAUUGGGCUGCUUCAACUUUUGGUGCUUGUGCAAUGGGUGUCGACACUUGUUCUUCUCCCACCAGGCCUCUGAUGCACACCUGGCCGCAGCAGUUUAUCAACGUAGCUUUGGUUGCGACCCCCGUGGUGCCUAUUGCAGACUUUGUGAGCACGAAAUGGUGCAUAUUCACGGUGAUGAGCUCGUCCAAAACGGGCGAGCACUGAGCCGUUCUUAAGCAUGUGACGCCUAAGGCCUGACAAAAGUUCAGAGCCUGUUUGCAAAGACAAGGGAAACAUGGAGAAACUACUGGC